AUGCCAAUUAUGUGUUAUUCAGGUUCCCGUGCGGCUGUCGGGGGUUUCGGUGGUCAGCGAUCUAAGCCCAAAAUAAAACGCACUAUGUGUCGGGCAUUCCUCGCCAGUCAGCUCCCCUAAAUGCGCUGCAAACGCCGAAAAGACUGUUGUCGGCUUUUUACGGAAAACCCCAGGAGAUAUCUGGAGAGUUUUGCAGGGUUUUCAUGUGUUUUUACAGGCACUGGCCAGGGGGUGCGGCCUAGCAGAGACCGCGGAUCGGUCGGAGGAUUUACGGCCUUCAGAAACACCACAAGCCGUUUGUUGAUUGAACUUCCAUCCCUGAGAAUAAACAUACGUGGAAUCCGCUUCUGAAAAAAGGGCUGUACAAAGGUGAUGAAGAUGAUCAAGGUCCUUUGCACUUUUGGCUGAUGCUCACAUCCAUGUCAGUUCUCUGUUUGUAUCAAGCCAAAGCGUGUUCUGGAAAGCAUUGUUAGCUCCUUUUUUCCCCAUUGUGGGCAAUCCAACAAUCUCUUCCCCCUGACUUCACCCAAAAGUGGUCCAACUACGGCUCAAAGCUGAAUCCGUACACCCGAGCCCGGAUGACGGAGGCGUGGCAGCAGCAUGCUGUUGCCCCGCCUCCAGUCGUGCACACCAUCCCACCCGGGGCGGACGCACUGGGCUGCACUGUCUACGGCAUAGUCCUCCAGCCGGACACGGCAUUGCAGCAACAAUCCCAGCAACAACAACAACAGCAGCAGCAGCAGCAACAACAACAGCAGCAGCAGCAUCACAGUCAGCAGCAGCAUCCGGCACAAGCGCAGCAGUCCUCCUUGCAUGUGGGGAGCGAGGGAGGACACAAGUGUGGUGCAUGUGGCCAUGACAUCUCCCAUCUGGCUAAUCCACAUGAGCACCAGUGCAUGGUGAGCCAAGAUCGUUCGUUUCAGUGCACGCAGUGUCUGAAAAUCUUCCACCAAGCCACCGACCUGUUGGAGCACCAGUGUGUGCAGGUGGAGCAGAAACCCUUUGUGUGUGGAGUGUGCAAGAUGGGCUUCUCGCUGUUAACUUCACUAGCGCAGCAUCACAAUGCCCAUAACAGCGGAAACCCCAUGAAGUGCUCCAUAUGUGAAAAAACGUAUCGACCAGGUUCUGGAAAUGCCACACCAACUUCGUCAACGGCCACCCCUGGGCAACCAUCCAAUGACGAAGCAUCGUCUAGUGGCAGCGCUGCUGUCGGGACAUCAGGCCAGCCUACGUUCGAGCCUUCACAACCUGACCGGCCGUACAAGUGUUCGGUGUGCUCCAAGGGCUUCCGUCACUUAUCCGAGCUCACGCGUCACGAACGCGUCCACACAGGCGAGAAGCCUUUUAAAUGUGAAACAUGCGACAAAAGCUUCAGCCAGUCCUCACAUCUAGCCCACCACCAGCGUACCCACAGCUCCGAACGACCAUUCAAGUGUGCGGUGUGCGAGAAGAGCUUCAAGCACCGCUCCCACCUAGUCCGUCACAUGUAUGCCCACUCGGGUGAGCACCUUUUCAAGUGCAACCUCUGUGAGUUGCAUUUCAAAGAGUCUUCCGAGCUCCUCCACCACCAGUGUCAGCCGCAAGGUGCUCGGCCGUUUCGCUGCGCCACGUGUGGGAAGGGUUUCAAGCGUCCGUCCGACCUGAGACAGCACGAACGCACCCACUCAGAGGAACGCCCGUUCCACUGUGAAGACUGCCAGAUGAGCUUUAAACAACAGUACGCCCUGGUGCGCCACCGGCGCACACACAAGGCCUCCGCCGACCGCCCCUUCAAAUGCAACCUGUGCGACAAGGGCUUCCUGCAGCCGUCCCACCUGUUGUACCACCAGCACGUUCACGGCAUGGACAACCUCUUCAAGUGUGCCUCCUGCGGCAAGGGCUUCAGCCAGUCUGGGGAGCUGCUACGUCACAAAUGUGGUGAGUCCUCCUCGACACCCACAAAUCCAGACAAGCCCUACAAGUGUGACGUGUGCGGAAAGGCUUACAAAAAGGCCACCACGCUACAGCGCCAUCAGAAUUCCCACUGCACAGAGAAACCUCUCAAAUGCUCGCUGUGUGACCGACGCUUCCUGUCCUCCUCAGAGUUCGUGCAGCACCGAUGCGACCCAUCCCGGGAGAAGCCCUUGAAGUGUCCUGACUGCGAGAAGCGCUUCAAGUACUCCUCGGAGAUGCAGCGACACAGGCGUGUCCACACCGGCGAGAAGCCCUACAAGUGCGCCAGUUGCGACAAGGGUUUCAAGCAGCGGGAACACCUGGCCAAGCAUCAAAGCGUGCAUGCGAGAGAUGCCCAGUUUAAAUGUGUAUGGUGCGGAGAGCGUUUCGCUGAUCUAGGUGCCCUUCAAGAGCACACUGUCCAGCACACGGCUGAAGGUGGUGGAUACCCCGUGUCUUCUCUCAUUCAGUAACUCGUGUCCCCGAUUACAUUCACAGAGGUUUUAGCAAUAUCAGCAAACUACCCCAAUUGAAUUUUUACAAGGCCCAGUAACCUCAUGAUACCUCAUUUUGUUCUAAACGUGCAUAUGCUCAACAAGUAGUUGAUAUCAAGAGGAGUACUUCAAUUGUGUUUGAUUGGCAAGCAAAGAUGAAUUAUUGGUGGUUGUUUUAUAUUUGAAUCCUGGGAGGAGGGAAACGGAUUUCUGAACUCUAUCCCAGAUAGCACUGUGACCCUAGUACAGUAGGGUGGCAUUUGCCCUUCAUUGUGGCUCACAAUGCCCCCAUCAGAUCUCUAGAGCACAAGACAAAAGCGAUUUGGUCUGCAACUAUUUGUUCAGUCUGGAAUCGUCAUAUAGAAUCAGCUAUACAUUUUUGGUAUCACAUUCAAGUACCUAGUAUGGUUGAGAUACUGCUUAAGCCACGUUUCCACCGAAGGAACUGGGACUAGGGACUUUGGGGUGGUACUCAGUGUGUUUCGACCACAGGCACUAAAGUCUAAAUAAGUUCCGGGUAAAAAUUUCCCCUCAGAAAGUCCCUGCUCUCGAGGUAGUAGUUUCUCAAAAUUCAGGAACUUUCGGGGGUGCUGAUUGGUUGAAUCUACGCAGCAUUUCAACCACCAUUUUUAAAAGUCGGUUGUGGUGCGUGCAAAUUGUUGUUCCAAACCCAAAACAAAUUGUUGCGGGUAAUUUCGGUGGAAACGUGGCUUUGCUGUGUGCCUCUACAAAAUAACUCUACUCGGAUCACUAGCCUUGCUCCAGUUUUGAGUGCAUUGUACGCACAUUCGGAGCACCUCCAGCAGGCUACUCUGCGCAUUUAGUUCACCCCACAGCUAAAGACAAAACAGAAAGGGGGACAAAGUUGUGCUGUUAUAAACUGUCGAAACUGUCUGUAUAUGUCAGUGUUGACGUUCUCCUCGUGGCAACUAAUGGUAUGUACCAAAAACCAUCAUUGUACUGUACCACACCCUAAACGGGACAGAUCGUUAACCAGCAGAAGUAUAAUGACCUCAGACAGUCUCUACAUUUCACUGAGAUUAUACAUAAAUAUAUAGAAUCUAUAUAGAAAUGUAAACUUGCAUACAAACAGUUCAUAUUACCACCAGAAUCAGUACAGCUGUUCUAAAAAUUGCUUAACCUGAAAAGGCUUCCUGUAUUACUGUAUGUACAUAGUUAGUAUGUAUGCAACUUGUUUACCAGUCCUGUCAUUAGAUAUUGCAUUGUCUUUCUUAAACGGCACCACAGUUUUAUAAGUAGCUUUUCAUCAUGUGAAGUUCUGAUUCAUACAUUCUUUACGUUUUGUUUCUGAUUUGCCUUUUUAAAGUUAAUUUCAGCCUCUUUGUAGAUGUAGUUGGGAUUGUAAUUGGUGUGUUCAAGGUUGUGUGAAAGUUGACUCUGUUUUUAUAAAGGUUUUUGCCCCCCUCCCCCUUACAGAACUCAUGUACUUGUUGUACAGUACCCUAAGUGUCAUUCUUCCUCUACUGUAUAGAUUUAUCCAUGUGUUUGAUCUCUAAUCUGCCAACACCAUGUCUUGCCUGCAGUCAUUUGCCUUUCGCAACAUGACAGUGAGUCUUUUUUUCUGUUAUUUUCUUUUAUAAAAACUGUAAUCAGAGACUUUCAAAAAUGGAUUUUCGGUUUCCCCCAGAAUCCAGGAGGGAAAAUAAUUGUUUUGGGCCUCUAAGGCCUUGACUUAAACACACAUCAUUCAGAUGUUUUUGUUAGUGAAUGUUUGUUGCAUACUCAUCCAACGAUAACCAGUACAUUAUUUUGAGAAAUUGUUUUUUAAACUGACAUAUACAUAUAUGUGUAUAUAUUUAAACAUACAUAUUUGAUUUAGAGAGUAAGUGGUACUCAUACAAGAGUAAUCUAUGGUUUUUGAAUCACAUGCUCUCCUUUUUUUUUAUUUUAGAAGAAGCUACCACUUUUUGUAAUGGUCCACAAAGCUGAAUUUUAAUAGAACUGUUCAAGUCUUGAUUUGCCUAGUUUUUUUUUUUUUUUUUUUUUUUUUAACUUUACCCCUCCCACACCAUUGCAAUUUCCCAUCAUUUUACCUGGGGCAAAAUGACAUUCUCAGCUCUGUUGCUUAUGCAGUAUUACAUGUUGAUUACUGGCCCUUGAGGAACAUCUCCCUCUUGCAGUUAGGUUUGCCUAGUACUGUACAGCGGGGUUAGAGGUGAUAAUGACACUCUGGCCUUAAGCAGGGGCGUCUAGUUUCUCCCCAGAGCCCUUUGCCUCCAAUUUGUUUCCCCUUUAUAGUAUCUAUUUAUGCAUUGUUUUAAAUACCAAGGGGCUUUUUUAAAACCAUAGGCAUUAAGAAUCAAAGAGCAGUUGGAUUUGAAAAGUAUGUUGUGUUUUUUUAUGUUUUCAUGUUUGUAUAUUAAUUUUUUAUUAAUAUUGUUUAAAAUCUCUAUAUAAAUAUCUAUAUUCUUGGCAGACGUGUCAGGACCACAGGGGAACGUUAAGAUCGAUGGCCUUCCUCUAUGGUUUUGAGACCUCUCCACCCCGUGCAUGCCUGCUGUGUUAGUUCCCGUAAUCUGUUCCAAGUAUCUGCACUUCCGAGCGCACAUACUUAUCCUUAGCUUUUUUUUUUUUUCUUUUUUUUUUUUUUUUCCAAAUUGUAGAUUGUGAAUGAGCUAGUCAGAAAAGUUCAUGUGGCGGUUGAUGUGACAUUCAUGCUGAAAUAUCUGUAUGUAGCAUUUAAUAUACACAGCACUAACUAAUAAACCUUUUCAUUAAUAAUG